AAGGCUGUGUUGAAAACAUUCUAUUGGACCCAGUCCUUACUUCGCUGGAAGUACUCGGAUCCAAGACUUAAUUUCAACAGUAUUCAAUUUAUUGCUUGAAGCUCUGGCAGCAUAAAACUGACUCCUUUGAAUGGAAAAUCUGACCAACUGCUAUGAGGCGCUGCAGCCAGCGGUGUGUCACGCGUGCUUGUUUGCAAAGGGAGCCGCCCCGGGGAGAAGAUUCGGAGGAGAGUUGUUUCCCCUGGGGAGACCUGCAGCCCAGCGGAGCGGUUCGGGCGGCCUGGAUGCGCAGGACCCAGCCCCGCAGCCGCUGACGCCCGGCAGCGGCGAAGUUUGGCUGCUGACCCGCUCGGCGCCGGGCCACUGGACAGACGGCCGCCCGGCGGCCGCGGCGGCGGCAGCGAUGCCCGUGGGGGGCCUGUUGCCGCUCUUCAGCAGUCCCGCGGGCGGCGGUCUGGGCGGCGGUCUGGGUGGGGGGCUCGGCGGCGGCGGCAGCAGGAAGGGGUCCGGCCCCUCCGCCUUCCGCCUGACGGAGAAGUUCGUGCUGCUUCUGGUGUUCAGCGCCUUCAUCACUCUCUGCUUCGGGGCAAUAUUCUUCCUUCCCGACUCCUCCAAGCUGCUCAGUGGAGUCCUGUUCCACUCCAGCCCCGCCUUGCAGCCGGCCGCCGACCACAAGCCUGGGCCCGGGGCGCGCGCCGAGGACUCAGCGGAGGGGCUACCCCGGCUCCGGGAGGAGGGCGCGCCCGGGAAUCCCGCGGCCGCCCUGGAGGACAACUUGGCCAGGAUCCGCGAAAACCACGAGCGGGCUCUGAGGGAAGCCAAAGAGACCCUGCAGAAGCUGCCAGAGGAGAUCCAAAGAGACAUCCUGCUGGAGAAGGAGAAGGUAGCCCAGGACCAGCUGCGUGACAAGGAUCCUUUCAGAGGGUUGCCGGAGGUGGACUUUGUGCCUCCCAUUGGAGUGGAGAACCGGGAGCCUGCGGAUGAAGCUAUCCGUGAGAAGAGGGCAAAGAUCGUAGAGAUGAUGAAACAUGCUUGGAAUAAUUAUAAGCGUUAUGCAUGGGGAUUAAAUGAACUGAAACCUAUAUCAAAAGAAGGCCAUUCAAGCAGUUUGUUUGGUAACAUCAAAGGAGCAACUAUAGUAGAUGCACUGGAUACACUUUUUAUAAUGGGAAUGAAAAAUGAAUUUCAAGAAGCAAAAUCAUGGAUUGAAAAAAAUUUAGACUUUAAUGUGAAUGCUGAGAUUUCUGUUUUUGAAGUAAACAUACGCUUUGUUGGUGGACUCCUGUCAGCCUACUAUUUGUCUGGAGAAGAGAUUUUUCGAAAGAAAGCAGUGGAACUUGGGGUAAAAUUGCUACCUGCAUUUCAUACUCCCUCUGGAAUACCUUGGGCAUUGCUGAAUAUGAAAAGUGGUAUUGGAAGGAACUGGCCCUGGGCAUCAGGAGGCAGCAGUAUUCUGGCAGAAUUUGGAACACUGCAUUUGGAGUUUAUGCACUUGAGUCAUUUAUCAGGAAACCCCAUUUUUGCUGAAAAGGUAAUGAAUAUUCGAAGAGUCCUGAACAAAUUGGAAAAACCAGAAGGCCUUUAUCCUAACUAUCUGAACCCCAGUAGUGGACAGUGGGGUCAACAUCAUGUGUCAGUUGGAGGACUUGGAGACAGCUUUUAUGAAUAUUUGCUCAAGGCAUGGUUAAUGUCUGACAAGAGAGAUCUGGAAGCUAAGAAGAUGUAUUUUGAUGCUAUUCAGGCCAUUGAGACUCACUUAAUCCGCAAGUCUAGCGGGGGACUGACUUACAUCGCUGAGUGGAAAGGGGGCCUCCUGGAACACAAGAUGGGUCACCUCACCUGCUUUGCUGGAGGCAUGUUUGCGCUUGGGGCAGAUGGAGCACCUGAAGCCCUGGCCCAACACUACCUUGAACUCGGGGCUGAAAUUGCACGCACCUGUCAUGAAUCUUAUAACCGCACCUUUAUGAAACUGGGACCAGAAGCUUUCAGAUUUGAUGGCGGUGUCGAAGCCAUUGCUACAAGGCAAAAUGAAAAAUACUACAUUUUACGACCAGAAGUGAUUGAGACUUACAUGUAUAUGUGGCGACUGACUCAUGAUCCGAAGUACAGGAAAUGGGCGUGGGAAGCUGUAGAGGCCCUGGAAAAUCACUGCAGAGUGAAGGGAGGCUAUUCAGGCUUAAGGGAUGUUUAUUUCAUUUACGAAACUUAUGAUGAUGUGCAGCAGAGUUUCUUCCUGGCAGAGACACUAAAAUACUUGUACUUAAUUUUUUCUGAUGAUGAUCUUCUUCCACUGGAGCACUGGAUCUUCAAUACUGAGGCACAUCUUCUUCCUAUACUCCGUGAAGAUAAAAAGGAAGUUGAAGUCAAAGAGAAAUAAAAAUAUAUUUUAUAUUUUACUCUGCUUCAUUCCCUUCACUGCAUACCUUAAUAAUUUCUUUUAUGGUAACCAGGCACAUGAUAAACUUUUAUCAAUAAGUCUGUGAUUAUUCUAAGUUCUAAAAUUGUUUUGCAGUCUUUUAUGUUUAUUAUCAUAGGCAUAAAUGGACCUAAAUUUCUUAUUCCUUUAUUAUCUAGCCAGUAGAUCCACAUGUUUUGUUUGUAUAGUAUUUUUGUUCUCUCUUAAGUAACCUCUUAUCUCUGGAGUUCAUAAAAUUGUGAUAUUAUUUUCAUUAAAUUAAUAGAAUGGUAUACCAGUGACCUCUUAAUUACAAUUUGAUUUGACUGCAAAACUUUUUCCUCCUCUAUGAGGAGAUGAUAUCUGCUUUAAGCUGUAAUGUUUUGCCAUGUUGCAAAAAGCCAUAAUAAUAAAUUAAAUAUUAAAAAAAAGCUUUUUCCUUUUUGAUUUUAUGUUAAUCUGGUUUGUCUAUCCACCAGAGACAGAUCUUAUAACUGUGACAGCCUCCUUAUGCGGGUCUAUCGUUAUUUGAUAGAAUGUCUUCUAAAAUACUCAUUCACAUUGUAAUUCAAAUUAGAAAGUCAUCCCAGAAGAAUCAUCUCAUGUUGACCUCAUUUCAUUGGAACUGCAAUUCCAAUUGCAGUAUAUUUUUGUUGGUUAAUUAUAUUAGUGUUUCCUGAGUUAUGAAUUUUUUUCUUUACUUUUAAUGCCCUAUGUCAUCUUUCUGGAUCUUGUAUUGCUUGAUUUCUUCCAUACCACCUUUCUUCACCUUCCAUAGCAAGGUGAGCUCUGCUAUUAAUGAAUUAUACUUUUUUCAAGGGAAACAAUUCAACUAUUAAUGUUCUAGCUUUUGCUUUUAACUGAAUAUGUAAAGAAAUUUGGUUUUGAAAGAAAGGGUGAGAAUUUCGUGUGGCUAUUAAUUCAUUUGUCUACCUUUCGUUUUUUAAUUUUUCUCUUAAGAAGAAAGCAUUCCAUUCUGCUGAAAAGACAUGAAAAUGGCCCUUUCUCAAAUGUAGUAAAUUUCUUCAUUUCAGUUUAUAAAAGUAGGAACGACUUCGUGAAGGAAACUUUGCCAAUUUGUCUAUUCACUGUCCAUUAAGGAAAAUUUAAUAAACUCUUAGUCAAAUAAGAAUAUUGUGUAUCUACUAUGGCUAAGUUCUAUGUAAAGAUUCCAACUUAGAAGCAACAUGUAGGAAAGGACACUCCCAGUUCCCCAAAUUUGAUCUGCAGGGAUCAAAAUAAUUAUAUAUUUCUUGUAAACAUUAAGUGUUGAAACAUGAAUGGUUUUCUCAAGAACAGAAUUUGGUGACAUCUUUGUGUUUUCUUAUCAUAUUGGCACUGUGAAUGGGCUAAUGUGAUGAUGCAGAACUAAGGUACAAAGGCUUUGACCAUCUAAAUUUUCAGUUUCAAUGAUCAGGUAAAUCAGUACAACCCCAUGAAUUAGGCUGAAGCAUGUGACAUUGCUGCAUUUGUAGUUUAAAAACUCUAAUAUCAGCAAUUUCAUCUAACUCCAACCUAGUAUUUUUAAGAGAAUUAUUUUCUUAACUCUCGAUAGACAAUAGUCUUAGCUAUUUCAGCUUUUGAAAGUGUUUCCAAAGAUUUCCUUUGUCUUACAAAACCACCUUUUAUUUUCUUUCAAUGUUGCACUUUAAUAUAUGUCAAAGAACAAAUUAGUGAAAUUAGUAAAUUAAAAAGAUUCUUUAGCACAUCAUUAUGACCACAUAAAUGUGCCUCUGUGACCCAAAAUAACUUUCCAUGUCUUCAGCCUGCCUACUGAAAUGAGUGGACAACAAAAGUUCUUUUUUCCAAAAACUUUAAGGUAAAAUAUUAAAAAUCACUGCCAAAAUUAGGCCAUAUGUAUUUAGAUUAUAAUUUUCACAUCACUGUCCUUGGAUCAACCAUUUAAAUAAUUUUCUUUUCAUUUCAAUUUUAUUUGAAGAAACACAUAUAUUUCUGCAGCACAUAGGAUAUUAAAAUCAGGUUGUGUGUACGCACACUACACUGUACCUUUUGUGUCCUUGUUUAAGUAGACAAGAAUCUGUACUCCAUGUUGCUGUGCCAAUGGCAAGAAGUGUUUUCAGUUCUAGAACUUGGAUUUUUUUAACAGAAGAUCCAAAGCACCAAAAAUGUAUACAAAGGAUUAAUACUAUAAUAAUGUAAUUUAAUUAAAAUUAUACUUUGUGUUACUUUAAACAACUGGUCUCUAGAUAGACACUGUCCUUCAUUCAUUCCCAACAAAAUUGUGCAGUUGAAUUUAUAAAUGUAUUCACAUCCUUAAAAGAUGAACAAUUAAAAUAACAUUUAAUUUUGUGUUUAUGCAAUAUGUUUUUGAUAUAUUUUGUGCACUUAAUAGUACACAUAUAAGUUGUAUGCCAAUUUACAGAACUCAAUGACUUCUUUAUCAUGACUUUUUCAUGUGUAUUACCCACUUUUUACAUUGUUUUUGAUUUGUACAUAAAUCCAUUCUGUCAUAUACAACUUUAUAUAAAUCUCUAAUGUUAUGGGAAGCAUAAUAGAUUGACACAUAAUUUUUAAAAGUUAUAUUUGUAAGAUUUCUCUAUUGUGAAUAAAGUCUUUUAAUAUA